AUGGCGCCAGGCUCGCAUUCUACAGCGAACUUGACCCAUGCCACCGAUUCUGCGUCCCUCCUUCCUCCUGUCGCUGCAAGACCAGCAACGUCGCUCGACAAUUCUGUCUACCACAGCCUGACCAGCGUCCUCGAAUUCGCAGACCAGGACCAGCUCUUCUGGUGGACCGAAACCGCGUCGAUCGUGGCAAAGCUCAUGGAGAGCGCCGGCUACGACGUCGAGUCUCAGCGUCGCUAUCUCCUCCUCUAUCACGCGCAUAUCCUCGCCGCGCUGGGCCCAAAACAAACCCCCUGCCCCAGCGACAGAUCUGCGAGCAGUCCCUGGAAAAGCUUCAUGACAGACGACCACACGCCCAUCGAGAUCAGCUGGAACCUGGGCGCGAAUCGGUCCGUCGUUCGACUGAGCAUCGAGCCCAUCGGCCCUUUUGCAGGAACCUCAUUCGAUCCGUUCAAUCAGCGACCAGCCCUCGAGCUCCUGCAACAGCUACCUGGCAUCGACCUCCAGUUAUUCUACUAUUUUAGAGACUGGUUCUUCAUCGACGACGACGAUGUUGACGACGUUCUGAAAAGACGACCUGCUGGCGAGCACUCAUCCCAGCUGUUUGUGGCGUUUGAUUUCGACGGCGGAAAGGUAACGACGAAGGCCUACAUUUUUCCCCUUCUUAAAGCUCUGGAAACGGGGAUACCUGUUCUGGAUCUGGUGUCGACGGCGAUCCGCAACCUCGAUGAGCCGGCACUUUCCGUGUCGCCAGGGUGGAACGUCUUGGAGGAUUUCAUCCGUUCGUGCCCGAUUGCGUCUCGACCCAAGUUGGAAUUCAUCGCCAUUGACUGCGUAGCUCCAGAGAAGUCGCGGAUCAAGAUCUACGUCCGGACACCUCACACGGCGUUGGAGAAGGUCAAGGACGUCUUUACGCUGGGCGGUAGACUCAACGACCAGACGAUCCAGACUGCGCUUGGCAUGCUGGAAGAGCUGUGGCGUCUCGUUCUGGAUCUGCCGGAUGGCCUGCGUGAUUCGGACGAGUUGCAUCCACGGGACGAAAACAGCGCUGGCCAUCGCACCUCAGGCGUCCUGUUCAAUUUCGAAAUCAAGCCCGGGGCCGCGCUUCCAGAACCGAAGCUGUACAUCCCAGUCCGCCACUACGCUCGUAGCGAUCUCGACAUUGCGCGUGGCUUGACGGCGUUUUUCCGUCGUCGAGGCUGGACCAGUCUGGCGGAGACGUAUACAGACACGCUGAAGGAAACGUUUCCACACCAUCCCCUUGCCGAGUCGACGAGCACGCAUACCUACAUCGUCUUUGCAUUCAAGAAGACGACGGGUGUCUACCUGACGGCCUACUACAACCCGCAAGUCUACGCCAGACCGAAGCCAUCAGAGAAGCUGGAAUGGACGAAAGACCGCCUUAGGGGUCACAGGCUCUGA